AUGUCCAUACCGACGGAUUCACCCGAAAGUCAGAUGACGUGCAACUUUCCAGCGUUACCUGGUAGUCAGCCAGACUCCCAGGAGAUAUCACAUGAGCAUGUCAAUGUCAACAUCGAGGACCGCGUGCAAUGUAGUAUUCCAGGAAGGACAAUUACCAUUGCUGCUUGGUGCUUGGCACUGCACCUUUACGUCGGUCAAAACCACAUAAGCUUUCGCAUUAUCGAUGAGGAUGGAAAAACCACCACUAAGAACUGUGUCAUUGGGCCACAAGACACUCUCACGGAUGUUGUUGCCCAGCAUUCUCCUUCUUCUCAACUAGAAGCAGGUGUUUAUGAGAAAGACAAAAACCAACCAAGUUCCCAUCAUAACACCGCAGUACAAUGGGUAUCGGCGGCUAUCCAAGUUAACAGAAAUGCCACACCGAAUGGAUUCAAGGCAUCUCAGGCCACUCUCCCAGAAGGGAUAGCAGUGGCUCUUGAAGGACCUUCAAGCAACGACAGCACGAGCAACAUACGCUUGCUGUACCGCCAUUCUUUCAUGUCCAAGGCUGAGGCUCAAAAUGUAGCUGCCACACUCAGCCAUCUUAUAGAGCAAAUUUCAACUGCCAGCACAAAGCGUGUUACUGAUAUUCAGUUGAGUCAAAGAGACCAAGACCGGAUAAGAAAAUGGAAUAGUAGACGCCUCAUACAAUCGGAGUGCCUACUUCACGAGGCAUUCGCCAGAGUGGCCGCAGAUAAGCCAGACUCGGAAGCAAUAGACGCAUGGGAUGGACGAAUGGACUUCAAGACGUUGGAAGAUCAGUCGACACUAUUGGGAGUUCAACUUAUUAGAGAAGGCGUCAUUCCUGGCUCAUUAGUGCUUCUGAGUUUUGAAAAGUCAAUAUGGGCUGUCGUCUCAUGGUUAGCAGUCCUCAAAGCCGGGGCUGCGUGCGUUUUUCUCGACCAAAGAUACCCUGUCAGCCGUAUACAGCAAAUCAUUGAAGCAACUGGCGCAACUCAUGCGCUCGCAUCCGCAUCAGCCGCACCACAACUUAGUGACCUGGGCCUGACUAUUGUCCAAGUUCCUCUCCAAACCCCUACCACCAACGGCUACCACAAUGGAGACGGCAAUCUUUGGCCGAGAGUGCACCCGGAGGAUACAGCGGUUGUCAUCUUCACUUCCGGUAGCACUGGAACUCCCAAAGGCGUGGUUUUAACGCAUGCAGGCAUUUUUACUACGGCACUGGACAUGGCCGAGUCGUUGGAUGUUGACGAAAGCUCACGAAUUCUUCAAUUCUCGUCGUACGCUUUCGACAUGAGUGUAGCUGAUAUCGUCACUGGUCUACUUAGAGGUGCUUGUAUUUGCAUUCCGUCGGAGUCUGAUCGGCUAGAUCGUCUGCAAGGCUUCAUGCAAGAGACUGGAGUAAACUGGGCAAUGCUGACACCAACUGUGGCCCGAUUGCUGAACCCCAACACGGCAAACAACCUCAAGACCCUUGUACUGGUGGGAGAGAUUGUGAAAGAAUCAGAUAUCAAGUCCUGGAUCGACAACGGAGUUCGAGUGUACAACGGCUACGGUCCGGCGGAAUCGACGUUCUUGGCGACGACGACUGGAAAUCCAGGGGCCAUUAUUGGCCGUGCUAGCUCCAUUGGCAGUGGUCUAAACAUGAGGACUUGGAUUAUAGAUCCUGUAAAUGAGCGGCUUGUGCCUAUCGGAGCUGUUGGUGAGCUCGUUAUUGAAGGCCCGGCACUAGCCAUAGGGUAUUUGAAUGACCCACGCAGGACCGCGGAGAGUUUCAUUUUCAAUCCGAAAUGGGCGCAACUUGAGGCCCUGAGUUCAAAUACAACUGAAAGAAGAAGAUUCUAUAAAACAGGGGAUCUGGCGCGGUAUUUCGCGGACGGGUCUCUGGAAUGCAUCGGGCGAGCGGAUACUCAAGUAAAACUGGGUGGGCAACGUGUCGAGCUGACGGAUAUUGAGUAUCACUUGCGAAAAAGCAUCUCGACAACAGACUCAGUUGUGUUCUUGCCAAAACGUGGGCCUCUAUCAGGACGUCUAAUAGCUUUGAUCAACACUGGCUCUAAUGACACAACACUCAGCAAUGGUCAUGGGCCUAUUUUGCGUGCGUGUGACGUUGACUUCAUCACCAAAGCCAAGUCACAGCUCCUGCAGGCAGUAGCUGCUUAUAUGGUGCCAUCAGUAUGGCUCCAAGCCUCUUCAAUGCCCUUCACUGCUACUGGAAAGCUGGAUCGCGGCAUGCUUUUGGGGAGAUUAGAGGCAAUUUCACCAAAAGAUUUGAACGACCUUCUCAUUCUUGAAGCCGAUUCGGGCAAUGAAUCCACGAAUGAAGCGGAAGCGUUAUUGCGAGAGGUCUGCAGCGAUGUUUUGAACAUACCUCUGAGCAACGUGAACCUGGACCGAUCUUUCUUUGCCUUGGGAGGUGACUCGAUCACUGCGAUGCAAGUUGUUUCUGCGAUGAGAGGUGUCAACAAAACGCUGAAGGUUAGAAGCCUUCUUUCAUCUUCAUCAUUACGAGAAACGGCUUCCAGUAUCGGCGAACUGCAUACACAUCAGCCUGUUCCUGUAGUCCGGGUAGGCGACCGGUAUGCUGUCUCACCCAUACAGCAAUUCUUUUUCAGCAUUGCCCAGUCACCUAGCACACGGAAUCACUUCCAUCAAAGUAUCUUUUUGAGGCUGGAAGCAUGGAGAGAUGCAAGCAUUGUCGACAGGGCGAUUGCGAGCUUGAUUGAGAGGCAUCCCAUGUUAAGAUCUCGGUUUGAGCAAUCAUCAUCAGAACAUGAAUGGACACAGUAUGUCACGAAUGAUAUUAAGGAAUCAUACAAAUUUGAUUAUCACUCAAGCGCCACCUCCGAAAUUCAAAAGUCGCUCAUGUCCAAGUCUCGGUUAUCCCUAUCAGCCACUCACGGCCCGCUUGUCCGCGUCAACAUGUUUGAGAACGACGGGACCCAGUACUUGUUCCUCGUCGUUCAUCACCUGGUUGUGGAUCUUGUAUCUUGGAGAAUCAUCAUAGAAGAGCUUGAAUCAGCUCUGACACAGCCGAAGCCAAUUUUCAAUGACUCAUAUCCGUUUCUUGCCUGGGUAAACCGACAAAGGGAAUUUGCGAGUACCUUAGCACCAGAUCAUGUGCUUCCACAACAUGUUCCCGCUUCAGACUUUGGAUUCUGGGGCAUUGAAAAGACAGAUAAUGUGUAUGAGGACGUUCGAGAGAAGCGUUUCUCUAUCAAUUCACAGUCCACCAAUGAUGUAUUGGUCAACUGUCACCAUGCUCUUCAGACCGAACCAAUCGACAUUUUAAUUUCUGCUUUACUUCUAUCGUUUAGAAAAGCGUUCCCUGACAAGAAACCGCCAGCAGUUUUCACAGAGGCACAUGGAAGAGAAACCUGGGAUGAUCAAAUCGAUCUAUCCCGAACGAUCGGCUGGUUUACCACGAUAUACCCCAUUUACGCAAGUGAGCAAAAAAGCAUUGUAGACUUGGUAAUGAGAGUUAAAGACUCCAGGAAACGAAGUCCCAAUAAUGGUUUCAAUUAUUUCAGCGCCUCUUUCCUUACACCUGAGGGCCGUCAGGCCUUCAAAGAUCAUCUUCCAGCCGAGAUUCUUUUCAACUACGAGGGUCGGUAUCAGCUGCUAGAGAAAGAAGGUGCACUGCUACGCCAAGAGUCAUGGACUGCUGGAGAGGCAUUGGAAGACAAUAGCCCGGCACUUCAACGACUCUCACUCUUCGAGAUUGCUGCAAGCGUGCUCGAUGACCGCUUACAUUUUACCUUUGCCUGGAAUUCUAGGGCAAGACAUCAGAAUAAGAUCGAAUCCUGGUUAAAGAGCUUGCCGAGUGCUAUCGAGGAAAUCACAGCGACACUUCAUGCAUCGAACCGUCAGCUCACGUUGAGUGAUAUUGGCCAGUUCAACCUUGAUUAUUCCGGUCUUGAUGACCUAGCAAAGACGAUAAGAGAAAUUCCUGGAGUUAAAACUUUAGAAGACGUAGAGGACGUGUAUCCAUGUUCGCCGAUGCAGGAGUCUUUGGCUCUCAGUCAAUCUAGAGUUGAUGGCGUAUAUGAGGUGGACAUUCUGUGGGAGGUCACUACAGCCAGUGGCGCGAUGACGGACCCAAGUCGUCUCAGAGACGCAUGGGAUACUAUUGUCGCUCGGCAUGCUGCACUCAGGACAGUCUUGAUCGAGACCCCGGCGACAGUGGGGAUGCUUGACCAGGUUGUUCUGAGGAAACAUCACCCUCACUGCAAACAGCUGCAGGCCGAAAAUGCCGAUGGUGCUUUGAAGCUUUUGGCCAGUUAUCCAGCCAAAAAGGGGGGGCUUGAUAGUAAUGAACCACCACACCGGCUGCUCAUUUGCUCUACCCAAGACGGACGGACAUUCGUGAGAUUUGAAGUCAACCACAUUGUCUUCGACGGAAUGUCUCUUAUCCCCCUCUUACGAGAUUUAUCCCUUGCUUAUGAAGGAAAGCUGUCCAGAAAAUGGGGGUCGCCUUAUGGAAACUUUAUCCGCUAUAUCCGAGAUGAAAAACGACGGGAUGAGAGUAUUUCCUACUGGAAAAAAUACCUUGAAGGCGCAGAAGCUUGCAUCUUUCCUCCACUUCUCGAUAUGACCAACGGGGAAAGUGAGCAAAAGACAGCUUCAGUUCCACUUGGAUUCAAUCAUGCAGAGCUUCAUGCCAAGAUUGCUGAGCUGGAAGUAACUCUUCCCGUUCUCAUCCAACUGGUGUGGUCACUGGUUCUUCGUUUCUACACCAAUAGUAGCCAAACAGUUACUGGCUACCUUGCCUCUGGCCGCGACGCGCCAGUUGCAGACAUCGAAGGGGCAAUCGGCCCCUUUAUCUCCAUGCUCCUUUGCUAUGUAGACUUCACACAACCACAACGUCUUGUGGACUUGUUGAAAAAGAUACAAGAAGAUUCAAUUAACAGUACAGCGCACCAGGCAAGCUCUCUGGCGGAAAUACAGAACGCCAUCGGCAUCACUGGCGGUCCUUUGUUCAAUGCGGGUAUCUCUUUCAUGCCGCUCUUAGACAGGCGAGCUCAGAAAGGGUCAAGUCUAGUGUUCGAGGAGAAAUUUCUGAAGGAUCCGACCGAAUUUGAACUUGCUCUAAUUGUUGAGACUGGGGAAGAUACAACGCAUAUCUCGAUUCAUUAUCGGACGUCCCUCGUCAGCGAGGGCCACGCUGCCAACAUCGCUGCGACUGUCAAUCAUGUUCUCACCGAGAUACUGCGAGAUCCUUACCGAACCCCGGAUGACAUUCCGGCACUCAGCUCCCAUGAUCUGAAGCAGCUGUGGAACUGGAACGAAAACUGCAUCGCACCAGUUGAUGAAUGCGUCCACCAUUUCGUGGAGAGAACAAUGCAUGCUCAUCCUAACAAGGAAGCUAUCUUCAGCUGGGACGGUUCAUUAUCCUAUCAAGAACUUGAUGAUCUUUCUCGGAACUUGGCUCAUCAUCUUAAAGGCCUUGGUAUUGGGCCUGAGAAGAUAGUUCCUCUUUGUUUUGAGAAGUCAAAAUGGGCUGUCGUCUCCAUGCUUGCAGUUUUACGAGCAGGCGGUUGUUUUGUAAUGCUGGACCCGACUCACCCGGAUAGUCGUGUUCUUUCAAUCGCCGAAGAAGUCGAGGCGGAGGUUCUCAUUUGCUCGCCAUUCACUCGCCCCAAGUUCGAGGCUAUCAAAGACAGGGCUCUCGUAGUAGAGUCGAACUUUGCGUACACCUUGCCGUCGAGUGACCCAAGACAAUCGGUAUGCCCAGAGGUAACGCCAGACAAUGCCAUGUAUGUUGUUUUCACCUCGGGAACAACAGGCGCGCCGAAGGGUUCCAUCACAUCUCACAGGGCCUAUUGUACCGGCUUCCGAGAGCAUGCAUGGGCAAUCGAGGUUGGGCCCGAGUCGAGAACUCUACAGUUCUCAGCUUACAGCUUUGAUGCAAGCGUCGGUGACAUCCUCACUACCUUACUCGUAGGAGGAUGUAUCUGCAUACCUUCUGAGGAGGAUAGGAGCAUGGAGAUUGCCAAUUUCAUUGCCAAGAGCCGAGCAACAUGGGCAGGCUGGACUCCCUCAUUUGCCUCACUCGUCGACCCUGAAUCCGUUCCUACUCUAACUGUUCUUUUGAUGGCCGGAGAACCACUUCCUGCAUCGCAAGUCGACGCUUGGGUCGACAGGUUGAAACUCCUCAACAUCUACGGACCCAGCGAGUGCAGUGUAGCCUGUGUUGUCAACAAGGAUGUUACGAGAGAAACUAACGCCUCGAAUAUUGGUCGCGGAUAUCGAUGUGUCACCUGGGUUGUCGACGAGAACGAUACAGAACGCUUGCGCCCAAUUGGAUCUGCUGGCGAGCUGCUUAUCGAAGGCCCGAUCCUAGCUCGAGGCUAUCUCAAGAGACCAGAAAAGACUGCAGAAGUAUUCAUCGAGGCUCCAUCAUGGCUCAAGAACGGCCCUCAUCCCCGCACUGGUCGCUUGUACAAAACAGGAGACCUUGUGAGAUACAAUUCUGACGGAACCAUCAAUUUCAUUGGCCGAAAGGACACCCAGUUGAAGAUCAACGGACAGAGAGUAGAAAUUGGUGAGAUUGAACACUCUCUUCGCAGCAGUAUACCGCCAACAGCAGGCCCUAUUGUUGUCGAUUUGCUCAAAAGGUCCGGAGCUGGCGAACACGAUCUUUUAGCCGCUUUCAUCCAUGUCGGCGCAGAAGAUAAUUCCCCUGAAGAUCCAGACGACAUAAUCGCCACUGAGCCACAGUCUUUAGAAAGAUUCCGGGAUCUUGUUAAACAGAUUUACGAGACGGCGUCUUCCCUCCCUCGGUACAUGAGUCCUCACGUAUUUAUCCCCCUCAAACUACUCCCAAUUACAACAGCGGGUAAACUUGAUAGACGUGCUCUCCAACGAGUGACAAGUCGAUUGACACGAGAUGAGCUUGUGUCUUUCACAUCUGAGGCGAAGGAAACCGGAAGAACACCUGAAGAACGCCAGCUUUCAGAAAUGUGGAAGAAAGUCCUUCAUGUCAGUUCCGUUGGAAUUUACGACAACUUUUUCCGCCUCGGAGGCGAUUCAAUGGCAGCCAUGGCGCUCCGAUCGGAAGCUCGACGCGUGGGGCUUGGAGUCUCUGUGUCUGACAUUUUUUCGAAUCCUGUCCUCGCUGACAUGGCGAAGAUCAUGAGCACGGUCGCAACCAGUGACAUCACGGAAGUUGUCCUACCUUUUUCUUUGCUGAACGAGUAUGAAUCACCCACCGACUUGAUUGCCGAUAUUGCUCAUGAAUGUGCCGUCCCGACAGAAGCAAUCGAGGAUGUGCUCCCCUGCGUCCCUAUGCAAGAAGCCCUUAUGGCGCUCUCGUCUCGCCAGUUUUCUGCGCAGACAUACGUGCUACAUGCUCCAUACAAGCUUCCUGCAGAUAUUGACGAAGCCCGCUUUCGUGAAGCUUGGGAAAAAACAUCGCAUACCCACGCAGUACUCCGCAGUCGUGUGGUUCUUAGACCCCAGGGAGCGCUUCUGGUCAUCAUGAGAGAUGACAUUCAUGUUGAUACAUAUGAAGGAUCUUUAGAAGAGUACCUCGCCAAGCAAAAACAAGAACUAUUUGGAUACGGCACACCUUUGCUUCGGUUAGGGCUCGUCAAGGAGGGAGAUGAUAAAUAUUUCGUCUUCAAUGCUCACCAUGCCAUUUAUGAUGGAUGGUCAACCAAACUGAUCUGGGAUACUGUGCUUCAGUAUUACCGAGGCGAAGAGGUUGUCUCCGCGCCCCAGUUUCAAGCCCUAGUUCAAAAGCUCAGAGCGUCCCCACGCAAACCAUCAGAAGACUACUGGAAACAAGGCCUGAUUGAUAGGCAAGGCGUAUCAUUCCCAUCAGUUCCCGCGUCUCACAAGCCUGUUGCUCGCUCUGGAACAGCGUUUAAAUUUCCGCUACAUAGCGCUUCGAUCUCUAACCGGAGUGUCACGGCAGCAACUCUGAUCAACGCUGCCUGGGCAAUUGUCAACGCUCAAUACUCUUCAGACUCGACAGCUACAUAUGGAUGCACUUUAUCCGGCCGAGACUUCCCUCUUUCUGGCAUUGAACAGCUUGUUGGUCCUACAAUUGUUACUGUCCCUAGACAAUUCGCGGUUGACCAAGACCAACCUCUGGUCGAUUUCCUCAGUCAUGUGCAAAAGGUUUCUAUUGAGAGCAUUCCCCAUCAGUACCUUGGGCUGUCGGAGAUCAAAGCUGUCAGCUCUGCAGCUCAAGAGGCUUAUGACUUUACGUCUCUCAUGGUAGUUCAUCCGGAUGCAGCCCUUCGGCUGCCCUUCGAAGACAUCAACAUCAAGCCGGUACCUCUUGAUACAGCAGAGUACCAUACUUAUCCUCUGGCAGUUGAGUUUCUCCCUGUCGGCGAAGAACUCACAGUUGACGUCAGAUUCGACCCAGACUGCAUAGAUUUGGAGAUGGUAAAUAUUGUUAUGCGCCACUUCAAUCAUGUUCUCCAGGGUAUCUGUAAUGCCACUGCCACAGCUGCAGUUGCUAGCGUUAUGGCUGUUGCGCCAAAUGAUUUAAGUCUCAUGUCGAACUGGAACAGCAGUGUCAAACCUGUUGAAGCUUGUGUCCAUCACCUCAUCGAUCAAAUGGUCCAAAAACAACCGGAUCGUCCGGCGGUCGUCUCACACGAUGCUUCGCUUUCCUAUGCUGAGCUAGACCUCUGGGCAAAUCAGUUAGCUGGUGACAUUAUUGGCACUAAAUUGGUCAAGCCAGGCGACUUUGUUGGGCUAUGCCUGGACAAGUCCGCCCGGGCGGUCCCUGCAAUGAUCGCUGUUUUGAAAGCUGGCGGUGCCUUUUUACCUCUCAACCCGGAUCAUCCACCAGCACGUCUACAAGCACUCCUGGAAGAAGCAAAUGCCAAACUUGUGCUUGCCUCACCCAGUAGGGCUGCUUCUCUGACAGACAGCAUACCGUGCAAAAUACUGUCGGUGGAAGAUUUUGAUCCUUCUCAAGCUGCUGAAGCCCCCAAAGCGAUUGAAGUCUCUCCUGAGCAUGCGGCCUAUCUGCUAUUUACCUCUGGUAGCACAGGCAAACCGAAGGGAGUCGUUAUUGAGCAUCGAGCGUGGGCCUCCGCAAUAAAUGCUCAAUCCACUUACUUUGGAUUUGGACCUGAGAUACGAAUGCUGCAGUUCAGCAGCUACACGUUCGAUGCUAUGAUCUUCGAGAUUUUCAUCACUCUCACCUCGGGUGGCUGCGUUUGUGCGCCUUCGGAGUCUGAAAAGAUGAAUGAUCUCAGCGGAUACAUCACAAGGCAGGAAGUCAAUACUCUCAUCUCAACACCCUCCGUCACCAGACUCAUUGUCCCGGCUAGGGUGCCUACUCUCAAACUCGUCAUGGUUGGUGGCGAGCCCCUAGCACCUUCAGAUAUUGAAGCAUGGCUAAGUCAGCCUGGUGUUUCGUUUGCCAACGUUUAUGGGCCAACAGAGGCGUGCGUGAUGGCUACAGGUCGAAAGGUUGUCGCAUCAGACAGCAGUUCCAACAUCGGUGUCCCCAUUGGAACAGCGGCAUGGGUAGUUAGCCCUCUUACACGAACCUUGGCACCUAUCGGAGCUGUCGGAGAACUGUGUAUCGAAGGGCCAACACUAGCCAGAGGCUACCUGGGCGAUACAGAAAAAACCAAUGCAUCCUUCGAAAAGAAUCCUUCGUAUCUCCCCACGGGCUCAAAUCGGCGGGUUUACCACACCGGCGAUCUGGUACGGUACAACGCUGACGGUACCCUGACUUUUGUGGGAAGGCGAGAUGGCCAAGUUAAACUCAGAGGCCAGCGUAUCGAAGUUGGUGAGAUUGAAGAAAACAUUAGAAAAUUCAUGUCAGCGAACACGUCUUUCAAACACGUUGGUGUGGAGUUGUCCGAUUCUACAGAUGCUCGCAAUCAACCAUAUCUCGCAGCUCUCUUGGUUAUGGACAUCAAGUACGACACUAAGGUUUCCGACAUCGGUUGUGCUUCAAUGAUGGAUCCCAAGAACUCGACUAUGCUGGAAACAGCCGUAAACCUUCAACAGCAGCUUCGUAACGUCCUACCAGAGUACAUGGUUCCCUCUGCAUAUGUUGCUGUUGAGCGGCUUCCCACAACCGCAUCUAGCAAACGAGACCGCGUCUUCGUUAAGGCAUGUCUUUGGGCUUUGUCUGCCGAUGGAAGUUUGUUUCCCGUAACUGGAAACAAAGACAAGCAAGCCGAACUCUUCGGAAACGAGAAGCUCCUACAAGAAUGGUGGUCAAAGAUUCUGAACAUUGAGUCCGAAACUAUCAGUGCUGGGGAUCAUUUCUUUGCUCUAGGUGGUAACUCAAUCACGGCCAUCCGACUUGCUGGUCUAGCUCGGUCAUCUAAGUAUCAGUUGAUGUUUGAAGACAUCUUCUCAUUCCCUGUUCUUUCCCAAAUGGCCACUCGCAUUACCGUCGGCAGUGAAAGGGAAAGGCCGCUGGCUAAAGCUUUUGAGUUAAUGUCAUCAGAGCAAAUUGACUCGAUAACACGGGAUGUGCUCCCACUCUACAACAUCAGCAAAGACGAUGUAGAAGACAUGUACCCAUGCACCCCUCUCCAAGAAGGGCUUAUGGCAGUAACAGCGCGAAAUCUUGGCGCGUACAUUUCGGCAGAUACCAUUGACAUAUCGGAGGCAGAAUUGCCACGGCUCCAGCAAGCAUGGAACCUUGCAUUCCAGAAAUUCGAGCUGCUCCGAACCAGAAUUGUGCUGAGCCACGAAUAUGGGUCAUUGCAAGUUGUUGUCCGGCAGCAGCCUGUCUGGCAUGAAGCCACAGACGUCGAGAGUUUUGUCCACUCCGUUCAAAAGUUGCACGGAUAUGGAAAGCCUAUGGUUCACCUUGCAGUUGUUCCGACUUCCAAACCUGGGACAGUUAGAGUUGUGUUCAGCUCACACCAUUCAGUGUACGAUGGCUGGUCUCUGGGUUUGGUUCGCCAAUUUCUUGAGAUGCAGAUGGUGGGAGCCCUUGACGAGCCGGAAGAACUUCAGACAGUUCCCUUCAGAAUGUUCAUUCACCACCUCAUGGACCUACAUCUCGAAGAAGCGGAAACAUACUGGAAAAAUAAAAUGGCAGGACUCGAUGCGUCGCCGUUUCCUCGAGGGCCACAUGACUCCAAGCACCAGCCGCUGGCAACUGACUUCCUAGAACAAACUAUUCCUCUCCCUAAGAUCCAAAAUCACGAGUCUUUUGCAACGAUAGCCACCAUCGUGCGAGCCGCGUGGUCUUUGACAGUUUCUCAUUAUACCGCGAAUCCCGACACUGUCUUUGGAGCGAUCGUGACAGGAAGAGAAACCACGGAUGUCGCGGAUAUUGAGAAGAUCGCCGGACCUACCAUUGCGACGGUGCCAACACGUAUCAAGAUCGACUACAAUUCAAACGUUUCCGACUUCCUGGCAGUUGUGCAACGGGACGCCGUUACCGAGUCGCGUUUCUGUCAGCUUGGUCUUCAAGGCAUCGCACGAAUUGGUCAAGAAUGCCACAAAAGCUGCGAAUUCGGCAGUAUUCUCGUUGUUCAGCCUCCAGUCAGCAGCGGUACCGGGAAGGUACCUCAGCUGAGACAAGGACCCGUAGCAUCGCCAAACUUCUUCCCCCAAGCAAUGGUUCUUGAUUGUCAGACGUCAGAGAACAAUGCAGAUGUGGCGGUGACACUAAGCUACGAUCCAAAAAUCGUUGAGAGUUCCCAUGCCGCCUUUGUUCUCUCUACCUUUUCAACGUUACUGCGUAACUUAAUCGCCGCUUCGCCGAGCAGCUUGUUACGUGACGUAGACGCACUCUCGAAGGAACAUGCAUCAGAGGUCAACACAAUGACGCGCAAGAAAGAACCAAACGUUAUUGAUGUUUGCACUCAUCACCUUGUUCAGCAACAGGUUUUAGCUCAUCCUGCAAACACCGCUAUCGAUUCUUGGGAUGGCACUAUGAGCUAUUCUGAACUUGACAUUACCUCCUCUCUGCUAGCACAAGAUCUUCAAAAGUUCGGUAUUGGGCCUGAACAGGCAGUACCAUUCAUGUUCGAAAACUCCAAAUGGGCUAUUGUCUCGAUGCUUGCAGUUUGGAAGGCAGGCGGAUACUUCGUGCCCUUGGACCCCAAGACCCCGAACCAGAGACUGCAACACCUCAUCCAGGCAAGUGACGCAACGAUGAUUUUGACGUCAACUCAAUACAGCGACAGAUGCGCGGAACUUCACUGUAAGCCAAUCGUGGUUAGUGAAGACACCCUCCCGGUGCACUCUAACACUAUUCCGCCGAAACCUGAAUCCGUAGCCAAUCCUUCUAACUCGGCAUACGUUCUGUUCACCUCGGGUACAACGGGCAUUCCAAAAGGCGUCGUGAUCGAGCACAAAGCGCUAUCAUCGUCAAUUACCGCGCUAGGCAAAUACAUGGGCAUGAAAAGGGAAUCAAGAGUGCUACGUUUCUGCGCCUUCACCUUCGACGCCAUGCUUCUGGAUACCUUUGGCACCCUCAUUAACGGCGGUUGCGUUUGUGUUCCCUCUGAACACCAAAAGAUGAACGACUUGGCGGGCUUCAUACGAGACUACCAGGUUAACACAACCUGGUUCACUACAUCUCUAUCCAGAAUAAUCGACCCCGAUUCCGUUCCAACUCUGACAACGGUUGCAAUGGGCGGCGAGGCAGUAUUGCAGAGUGACGUUGACCGUUGGGCUUCAAAGGUUAGACUAGUUUCAGGCUAUGGGCCUACGGAGACUUGCAUCAUCACCCUCAUGGGAGAGUUGACCCCAGCGACACCCCCCAACACCAUCGGAUGGCCGGUAGUCAGCCGAUCUUGGGUUGUCAACCCCCUCAAGACAUCGGAACUAGCGCCCAUUGGUGGUGUCGGAGAACUUUACGUCGAAGGCUCCAGUGUGGCACGAGGAUAUCUCAAGAACGACGAAGCUACUAAACUGGCCUUCGUUAAACCUCCAAACUGGCUUGUCGGGGCAACGCCAAAUACACGAGUUUACCGAACGGGUGAUUUUGUGUAUUACAAUCCUGACGGAACCUUGAGCUUUUUCGCCCGUAAAGAUUCCCAAGUCAAGAUUCGUGGUCAAAGAGUUGAACUGUCCGAAAUCGAAGAAGCAAUUCGCAAGCAGAUUCCAAACUGGCUGACCGUCGCUGUAGAUGUGUUUAGGCCGGGAGAGCAAGGUCAGCAGAUACUCGCUGCCAUCUUCGGGACUGGGGAGAGCUUUGAGCAGCCAGCGAGUAACAAGCAUCCCAGUGCAAAACUCGUCGAAUUCAUGAGAAACCUCUCAAAAGACCUCAAGCACCAUUUGGCAGAAACCCUCCCUGGCCACAUGAUCCCCGACGCCUAUCUUCCACUGCAACGAUUGCCCGUUCAAACUUCUGGCAAACUUGACCGUCGGGUUUUGCAAGUCAUGGUAAAUUCAAUGACCUUCAAAUCAAUAGCUGCAUUCGCCAGUCCCGACGAGGGUCAAGAAAAGCCAAAUACCCCAAGCGAAAUUGUGUUGGCCAACUUAUGGUCCACCGCACUGAAGUUGUCGAACGGAACUUCAAUAACUACAUCUGACAACUUCUUCAGCCUCGGUGGAGAUUCAAUUAUGGCGAUGAAGCUUGUCGCACUCCUAAGGGCAGAAGGUUACUCUCUCGCUGUAGCCCAAAUCUUUUCCAACCCGACAUUGUCUGGAAUGGCCUCUAAAAUGCAGCCAACAACCUCUGAUGGCCACAAGCCACGCCCUACGCAUUUAAGCCUACCUGUUUCAGUUGUGGAUGAUGUCUUGAGAUCCAAGGUCGCCACUAGCCACAACUUUAAACUUUCUCGGGUCGAAGAUGUUUACCCCUGCACAUACAUGCAAAAAUCAUUCAUGGAGGAUUCUAUUCAGGUUCCAGGGGCGCAAGUGGUGCAGUUCAUAUUCGCCCUUGACUCUGGUGUCGAUUUGUCGCGACUACACACUGCUGUCGACCGCUGCGUUCGUGACUUUCCCAUCCUCCGAACGCGACUCGUGCGAAAGUCAGGCCAACUUUACCAGGUCGUCCUCUCUGACAAGAUUGUUUGGAAAGAAGUUACUGCGGAUAGUCUCAGCAAAGUCCUUGCAGAGGACAAGCUCAUUCCUACCGGUCUAGGUGAUGCUCUUACGAGAAUUUCGAUCGUGCACGAAACUGGGAAGCCGGGUGCCCACCUAAUAUGGACCCUCCAUCACUCUCUCUACGAUGCGUGGUCUCUGAGGUUACUACUGGACGCCGUUGAUAUGGCUUACAAGAACCAAACCUCCGGGAAGCCGCCACAGAUGCCGUUCAAAAGUCUGGUGGAAUAUGUUGGAAGUAGAGACAGGGCCAAGGACCGUUCGUUCUGGGCAUCAUACCUGGCUGGGGCCGGAACCUCCCCAUUGUUCGGCUACAUAUUCCUUCGCAAUCCUGUCAAGGACAUGCGUGCAGACUAUCAGCUGCCGCUGCCACGAAAAGUUCAUGGAACAACACUGACAGCCACAAUUGCAGCUGCAUGGGUUCAAGUGAUUGGCGAUCUCACAAAAUCUCAAGACGUCACGAUUGGCUAUCUCGUUACUGGCAGAGCUGCCUCUCUGCCAGGCAUUCAAGAUUGUGUAGGACCAGCUAUUUCCAAGGUGCCUUUGCGAGUUCGGCUGGGGAGCGGAGACAACACGGCCAUCGUCUCAGAGAAAGUCCAAGCCGAGCUCAGCCGUCUCAUGCCCUACGAACUCUCUGGGUUGGAAGUGGUCAAGGCUUCUAGCCAGGACGCAACUGAUGCUUGCCGGUUUCCGCUUGACCUGACAGUCCAUCCAACGGGUACCCUAGCCUUUGCAGGCGAGGGUAUUGGCAUGCGAUUCGUGGGAGGUGAGGUUGCAGCGGCUCCCCCAGGCGGUUUUGCUGUUGAGUGCGCUAUUAAGGAAGACGGGAUGGAGGUUGCUGUUUUCUGGGAUAAGAGAGCUGGCAGGAAAGAGCACAUUGAUGAGCUUUUGAAGAGCUUUGAAGGAAUUCUUGUGAAGCCACAGCUGAAGAAUUAA